UUUGGCAGAGAUCAGUCAAACAUUCAUCUGGAUAAACCUUCAACCACAUAUGAGCCGUGCGAUUAAAGAUCAAAACCCAUAAUAAUCGUCAGAUCUCCGCUUGUUUGGUCCCCACGCUAACUAACUCAUCAUAAACUAAAAACUCUGAACAUCCAAAUACUGACUGAACUCCUCAACGAAACCUCACUGCUGCUGCUGUCACUCAACAUCUUCUAGAUUCUUCUAGAAGCUUCCCCCAUGGCAGAAGGAAAGAGAUCCAUGGGUACCGUGAAAUGGUUCAGUGCGCAGAAAGGUUUCGGUUUCAUAUCGCCGGAAGACGGCGAGGAGGAUUUGUUUGUUCACCAAACAUCCAUUCAAUCCGAAGGCUUCAGAACACUAUCCGAAGGCCAGCGCGUUGAGUUCUCCGUUGAUUUCGCAGACGACGGCCGCUUUAAGGCCGUAGACGUCAUCCCUAGAUAUCUCCGGGGUGGCCGUCGAGGCGGGGCCCGUGGUAGGGGGAGUGGAAGAGGAUAUAGUAGUGGUCGUGGUGACGGUGGUGGUUAUGGUAGAGGAGGAGGAGGAAGGGGAGGCCGAUCAGGAGGUGACGGGGUUCGUGAUGGUGAAACAUCCGGAGGAAGUGGUGGUGGCGCGUGUUACAAUUGUGGAAGAUUCGGUCAUUUAGCGAGAGAUUGUUAUCAAGGUGGAGGCGGCCGAGGGGAUGGAGGUAGAAGAUAUGGUCGUGGUGGAGGCGGUGGCACCGGGAGAGGUGGCGGGGCGUGUUAUAACUGUGGAGAGGAAGGGCAUUUCGCAAGAGAUUGCAGUAAUACUGAUCAAAACUGAGAUAACUGGGUGAUUUUCAUCAAUUAAUUAAUAUUCUUUAUCGAUUUGAUGCAUUUUUCAAGGUUUGUGAAUGUUUUUCUUUUACAAGAGAUGGAAGUAACAGAUUUACUGCCUGUUUCUUCCUUUUUUUAUU